CCCGCUCUUUUUGUCUGUCUGAAAGGACUUUCUCGCACUUUCUUUUUUUGUUAUCGAAGAGGAAAUGCAAGAACAAGCAACCAGUUCUAUUGCAGCCAGUUCUCUGCCGUCAAGCAGUGAGAGAUCUUCUAGUUCUGCUCUUCAACUCGAAAUCAAAGAAGGUAUGGAAAGUGAUGAAGAGAUCCGAAGAGUCCCGGAGAUCGGCGGAGAACUGGCCGGAACGUCAGCAUCCGGUCGAGAUAGCGGUUCAGUGGCAGGUCCAGGGGUUCAGCCAUCAGGAGAAAGUCAGAGGAAGAGAGGUAGAAGUCCAGCUGACAAAGAGAACAAGCGACUAAAAAGGUUGUUGAGAAACAGAGUUUCAGCUCAGCAAGCAAGAGAAAGGAAAAAGGCUUACUUGAGUGAAUUGGAAACAAGAGUUAAAGACUUGGAGAAGAAAAACUCUGAGCUUGAAGAGAGACUGUCCACGUUACAGAACGAGAAUCAGAUGCUUAGACACAUAUUGAAGAACACCACUGCAAGCAGGAGAGGAGGAAGUGAUACAAAUGCUGAGUGAAUAAAAAAAAAGAAGAUUAUAUGAUGCUUAAUUUUACUUUUUACAUGUCAAUAGAACGAUGAUUCUAAUUAGUGUUGCUUCUAUGGUGACUUUUUUGCAACUCUUCUCCCCA